AUGGGCUUUCUUCUCGUUUUGACGAUCAUCGUUGGCGCCAUCGCCGUGCUCAUUUGGUGGCUCCUGCAGGUUGGGCCUGGAAAUUUAUCCCGUUUUUUCAUGUCUAAUAUUGUAAAACGACAUAAAGAAGCAAUUAUGUAUAAAUAUUAGCAUUUAUUCAUUAUUAAAAAUCUCAAUCAAUGCAUUUCCUGAAAACAUUUAAAAAUAAAGACAUUUUCGUCUCUCGCAAGCAAGAAAAUCAUUCCUUUUUUCGAAAUCUAGUGAUGUGAAAUGAUGAAACGAAGCAAUUUUAAAGAUAUUCAAAAAUCGAUUCAUUACCAAAAUACUUAACAAAUAAAGUUAAAGUACUCAUAAAGCACUUAACACACGUUCUCCCAGAAAUUCGAACAAAUGCCAAAAAUUUUGGUACAAAAAUUUCAUCUUUGUUCCUGAGAGCUCUCCUUGCUAUGAUAGAUAGUGGACAACCUCUUGAAUAUUUAGAACCAGGUUUUAUCGGGCUCCGCCCACUUUCAUGCUUACUGUAGGAAAAACACCGUAGAAACCAAACUUUUUUCCUAGUGGAGCAAAUUGGUCCAAACCAAUUUUUAAAACAAAAAUAUGUUCCCAUAUGAACAUUUGUAGUUAUAGAACUGACCCGGAAAAAAUUUUCUUUCAAAAGAAAAAAAUUAAAGUUUUUUGAAAAAUGACGAGUUUCGCAGUCUUUGAGCCAUAACUAGUACUAGAACCCCCGAAUGCCUGGAUUUUUUUAUUUUUUUAAUCGACGCAUUAGAGUCUUGUGAGUAGAGGAAAAAAAUGUCUAGAAAACUCUGAAUCCGGGUGAUCCAGUUGACCUCCAUCUCGGAGAACGCGACCAACUUGAAAAUGACUAAAUUUUUUUAAAAAUUCAGUUACUUUCUUGGGAGCAGGAUUUUCUUUCACUUCUUUUUUUGCCAAUCAGGCACAAUCUACUCAACACAGGAUUGGAACAAAAAGUUAUGACUCUCAAGCACAACGAAAAAUUUUUUCCAAUUUUUUUCACUUUUUCGGAUUCAUUCUUUUUUUCUGUCCUUUCCAAGUAUUGAGCUCUACUGGGUUAGGAUACCCGGAAUGCUCAGAGUUUAUUCGUUGUACUGAUCCGUUACAUCUUCCCAAGUUCUUUAAAAAAAUAUUCCCAAGCUCUGUUUCCGGGUGAUCCAGUUGACCUCCAAGCAACCGAAGCGGUCGACCUCAAAUUUGAGCAAAAAUUUAACAAAUUUUUCCAAAAACGUUUCUUUUGCUUCCUAACCAGUGGUUCUCAUUAUCUGGAGAGGUUUAGUGAAGUUUCUAGCAAUUUCUAGCGUAAAUGUCAUCAAAAAAAGCUUAUUUUUUUAUUGUCGUCAGAAAUUUUUUUAAAAAUUUUUUUGACCAAACGCAGCAUCAGAAAUACCCCUGUUUUUCCGAAUAAUCUGGAAAUCCCUGGUUUUUUUCUUCUAAUAAAAAAAGUUCUAACUUACGUAAAGCCACUACUUACGAAAAAUUAGUGACUAAUAUUUCGUGAAAAGUAAGAAUCAUGUUUGUCGAAGCCAAUUGUUUGAGUUUUUUUCUUUAAGCUUUUUCUGGAUAAAUUAUUUUUUUGGAUUUUUGCACUGAACAAAAAAACGUUUAAGUUUCCCUAUUACCAAGGUUGAGGUCGAAUUUUUUUUGAAAAAAAUUGUGGAAGCAAAAAAUAGAACUUUAUGUUCCUUUUAUUCUGAAAAAGCAGGAAGUAAUUUUCACUAAACCUCUCCAGAUAAUGAGAACCACUGGUUAGGAAGCAAAGAAACGUUUUGGAAAAUUUGUUAAAUUUUGCUCAAAUUUGAGGUCGACCGCUUCGGUUGCUUGGAGGUCAACUGGAUCACCCGGAAACAGAGCUUGGGAAUAUUUUUAAAGAACUUGGGAAGAUGUAACGGAUCAGUACAACGAAUAAACUCUGAGCAUUCCGGGUAUCCUAACCCAGUAGAGCUCAAUACUUGGAAAGGACAGAAAAAAAGAAUGAAUCCGAAAAAGUGAAAAAUUGGAAAAAAAAAUUUUCGUUGUGCUUGAGAGUCAUAACUUUUUGUUCCAAUCCUGUGUUGAGUAGAUUGUGCCUGAUUGGCAAAAAGAAGUGAAAGAAAAUCCUGCUCCCAAGAAAGUAACUGAAUUUUAAAAAUUUAGUCAUUUUCAAGUUGGCCGCGUUCUCCGAGAUGGAGGUCAACUGGAUCACCCGGAUUCAGAGUUUCUAGACAUUUUUCCUCUACUCACAAGACUCUAAUGCGUCGAUUAAAAAAAUAAAAAUCCAGGCAUUCGGGGGUUCUAGUACUAGUUAUGGCUCAAAGACUGCGAAACUCGUCAUUUUUUCAAAAACUUUAAUUUUUUUCUUUUUGAAAGAAAAAUUUUUUUCCGGGUCAGUUCUAUAACUACAAAUGUUCAUAUGGGAACAUAUUUUGUUUUAAAAUUGGUUUGGACCAAUUUGCUCCACUAGGAAAAAAGUUUGGUUUCUACGGUGUUUUUCCUACAGUAAGCAUGAAAGUGGGCGGAGCCCGAUAAAACCUGGUUCUAAAUAUUCAAGAGGUUGUCCACUAUCUAUCAUAGCAAGGAGAGCUCUCAGGAACAAAGAUGAAAUUUUUGUACCAACGGUUAUUCGAAAAUCUCGGAGAACGUGUGUUAAAAGCAAAGUUUCAAAGUUUUACGAAUACAAAAAAAAAUCCACAAUGGUAAAAAUAACGGCACUUGCAAUGUUGGCCCAUCCGAUUGUUCAUUUUUUCAGUCUUUUGGUUACUUUGUCUACAAUCUCUAUUAUUACGGAUCAUUCUACUACACCGACUACCCAUCAUUGUCAAGAAAAAAAUUACCAAAUGACGUUAAAAAUAAAUGAAAUAUUUUUAUUUUCGAUAAUUUUGACCGCACAACACUCGAAAAAUUGAUACUUAUAAAGAAAUUUGAUGAGUUCUGAAAAUUUCGGAGAAAUAUGGAAAUAAUAUUGAAGAUUCAGAAGCGGACAGGUGUGAAAAUAAUUAUAAAAACGUGAAAAAAAUAAUAAAAAUUCGGUUGGCGUGGAGUGCGAUGUUUGUGCUCACACCAGUUUAGUCUACCGUAACUGAAUAUUAAUUUUUUUGUUUUUUUGUCUUUUUUUGAAAUUUAAAUGAAGUUUUUUUGUUGAUCAAUAAAAAAAUCUUUUUAUCUUGAAAGAACAUGUAAAUUUUUACAGCAGGAAGCCGGCACUUCUUUCGUCGCCGAUUUGAUUGGCCAUUUGAGCCAAUCGAAGCCGAUUUCGAGCACUAAACCUACCCAAACGGUAUAUUUUUCAUGUAGGAAAAAAACAACAAAAUAUUUUUAUUUGCCAGGCGGUCGUUGAAGCGACCGUUGAAACUCAGAUCGCGAGCCCGACGACGCCAACAACUGUCGGACCGCCCCUUUUUGAAGUUUUUUUACAAAAUAUGUUUGAUUUAGACAACUUUUUUUCAGAAAUCCGAGUACGUUGGCAUGCCAAAAGUUGCCAAGAAAACGGUCUCGGCUCGAGUUAAUGUACUUUUUUUUGAUUCUUUGAUUAAUAAUAUUCGAUUAAUUUCAGGUGAAUGAAAAGUCGCGCAACUCGAAGAGCAAGAACUCGAAGGCAAAGCUUUAGUUAGUCUUUGGAAUCUUUAUUAGGAACGACAGAGUGGUACCUAUAGGGUUUAUGGAGAAAAUCAAGCCCUGCUGGGGACAGGAAAGUGCUCUCUAUUGGGGUAAAAAAAAGCGGUCCAUUUAGGGGUCGUUAAAUUUUUUGAUAUCAUUCGAAAGAUGACAAGAAGCUCUUCUAUAUAGGGAGCCCUAGAGGGGAACCUUCAAGGACAUCCCUAUAGGGACUACUCUGGCGUUCCUAAGUUCAUUGAUUGAAACUUUUUUGAUAAAAGUAUCAAAACAAACUUUUUCAGAGGGGAAGAUAGUGUCGAACGGCCAGAUUGCUGCAUGA